AUGGGGGCCGCCCCCUUGGGGGGCACCAAGGCUACUCUGGGUAGCAGAGCUGCACCCGUCUCUCUGGAGACAGGCGCUCCCGCGGGGUCACGGCCAAAGGUCACGGUGGCAGCACUACAAAACACCCUAAGGAGGGGGGCAACGGCUGAGAUGCAGCAGGACUCUUGGCAUGGGGGGGGCAGGGGGAGAGACCCCUUGCAUCUUGCCCUGCCUGAGUACCCAGGAAAAAGCAUCAAGGACACCAGAGCAGCUUUUGAGGAGCUGAGGGAGCAGCGGCCGAGGCGCUGCCGGACCACCGCUGGGCCGCCGCCCGGCCUUCUGAGCCUCCAGGGGCCGCGCCCCGCCCGCGUCCGCUUGCGGGGCGCUCCUUCGGCUGGGUGCCACCCGCCCCCGCCUGAAAGCAGCUCGACCAAAUGCAGCGCUCGGCUGGAGGGCAGGCCGUCGCCACCGGCAGGGAGGCUCGGGCGCUUGUUAGCGGCUGCCGGGCCGCCACCUGCAGCCCUCCGACCGGCCAAUCGCCUGCUCGCCGACGGGGGAGCCGCGGCCGCCUUCCUCUUCCUCCUCCUCCUCCAUAAAGCGGGUCCACCUGCUGGCCCCUCUCGCGGAAACGCUGCCUUGGUGAGCGGGCGCGCCCUCCUCUGCUCGGCCCCAUGGGAGCUGCAGUCCCUUCCCUUCCUCCCGGGAGAGCGCCCCCCACCCAGCAGGCCCUCUUUCUCGGCCCCCGCAGAGGCCUCGGGGGCGGCCCGCUACGCCAAGGGCCAGUACCCGCCCACGCUGACCAUGGUCAGGGAAGCCGUGCAGGCGCUCAACGAGAGGAAGGGCUCCUCGACCGUCGCCAUCAAGCGCUACAUCCGCCACAACUACCCCGGCGUGGACCCGAUCCGGCUGAAGUACUACCUGCGGAAGGCCCUGCUCAAGGGGCUGGAGAAGGGCUACCUUGUCCGGCCCCUCAACUCCUCUGCCCAGGGUGCCACGGGGAGAUUCAAGCUGGCAGCUGUAAAGGCCAAGCCAGGAAAGGUCAGAGGGGCGCUGCCUCCCAAGGGGGAAAGUUCAUCCAAACCAGGGAAGACACUGGAAGGCAAGGCGGCGGCUGCCGGGAACCCCAGGAGCAAAGGGAAGGGUAAGGGCCCCCCCUUCUCUGGCUUCUCUAGCUGGGAUGGGAGUGGCUUGGCCCUCCAGGGAAGGGGCUGCCCAGGCGGACCUGGCCGCCUGCAGUCCCGGAGGACCAGCCUUCCCUGCAGAGGCUUCCAGAGGGAGCCGGCGAUGGAGCUGGCAAAGCAAAGCCGGGAGAUCCUGCUGGGGACAUGUGCUGUCUGACACCAGGCAGGAUGGGGAGUGGCCGAGCGGAGCCCCCUCCCCUGACCAGGGUGGCCUACCGGGACCCCCGUGCGUCCUCUCGCCCCCCUGACAAAUGGGCAGAAGCCGCACCGAUGCCUCUGGCGAAGCGACCUGGGGCUACGCUCCAAGCCUCAGGAGGGCCGGCUGCAGUUUCUGCUGUGAUGGACUCCACCCCGGUGGGGAA